GCGAGUCAGGUUAGGUGCUGUGGUCCUCUGACAUGGCAGCUGCUGAGGUCGUGGUGGUGGGAUCCUGUAUGACUGAUCUGGUGAGCCUUACCACACGCCUGCCAAAAGCUGGAGAAACCAUACACGGUCACAGGUUUUUCUCUGGAUUUGGAGGGAAAGGUGCCAACCAGUGUGUCCAAGCUGCUCGACUUGGGGCGAAAACCUCCAUGAUAGGCAUGGUUGGGAAGGAUUCCUUUGGCAAUGAUUAUCUUGAAAACUUUAAGAAAAAUGGGAUUCCUACAGAAUUUGUGGGCCAAACAGAGGCUGCCGCUACUGGAGCUGCUUCGAUCAUUGUCAACAAGGAAGGGGAAAACUUUAUCGUCAUUGUUGCAGGAGCAAAUUUGCUUUUGAAUUCUGAUGACUUAAAGAGGGCUGCGCACGUCAUCUCAGAAGCUAAAGUCAUGGUCUGCCAACUUGAAAUAACCCCAGCUAUUUCUCUGGAAGCCCUGAAAAUGGCACGCACCAGUGGAGUGAAGACUUUAUUUAAUCCUGCUCCAGCCGUUGCUGACCUAGAUCCACGAUUUUAUACCUAUUCUGACAUCAUCUGCUGCAAUGAAACUGAGGCAGAACUUUUAACAGGGAUCUCAGUUGGCAAUGUUGAAGAUGCUGGGCGUGUGGGACGGAUCCUGCUCGAGAGAGGUUGUAAAACAGCCGUUGUAACUUUGGGUCCAGAGGGCUGUGUGUUGGUCUCCACAAAGGAACCCACCCCGAAACAUAUUCCCACCAAGAAGGUCACCGCUGUGGACACCACGGGAGCAGGUGACAGCUUUGUGGGGGCACUGGCUUUCUACCUGGCUUACUAUCCCAACCUGCCUCUAGAAGAAAUGCUGGGGAACAGUAACUUCAUUGCGACUAUUAGCGUUCAAGCAACAGGGACACAGACUUCCUAUCCCUAUAGAAAGGACUUACCCCAAGACCUAUUCUAAACGUGCCCACUGCACUGUCACAAUGGUGGUCCACUGAUUUUCAAUUGGUAAGAUAAUGUAUAAUUUCAACAACCUCUACAUAUUAUCUGAAAGGAGACAACUGUAUAGAACACAUGCUGAUACUUAGGUCCUGGCCUGUAAUAAGGUGUGCAGGGUACCAUUCACUGCAGGGUCAUUCCAGGACACUGUAAAAUACUUGACUUCAGAUUCAGAGCUGUGAAUGAGACACUCCCAUUCCCCAGUUAAGGGAUGUGAAGAGAUGCAGUUUGGUUUGAUGUUGUUAUGAUGCCUUAAUUAUAAUAAAUGUUUCACAAAAUCAUUUCUGAA